AAUUGCACGGAAAUUACUGAGAUCGCAGAAUUCAUAAAGAAACAAACCGCAGUAAAUCAAGAAUUUGCUUUAACCUGUUUUGUUAUAACUAGAAUCCUUGAUCACAUCUAUGAAAUGGAUUCUCAUAAUGUAUACCAACUAUUUAGUGCUACCUACGAUUCUGACCCAAAUGUGCAAAAGCAAGCCGAAGCACAACUAAAACAGGUUGAGGCGUCACCAGGAUUUAUCCCUAUCCUUCUUCAAAUUUUGGUAUCACAAGACUCUAACCUUGAAACGAAACAAGCUGUUGCAAUAUAUCUUAAAAAUCGAAUUCGUUCAUCAUGGGUCGCAGAUGAUACACCAGCGAUAAAUUAUGUUCCUAUUAACCCACAAGAUCGGGAUGAAUUCAAAAAAAAUAUAUUACAUAUAUUGUUGGCUGCACCUAAUGCUGUAAGAAUCCAAUUGCUUGAUCCUUUGAGCAGAGUUCUUGAUCAUGAUUAUCCUGAUAACUGGCCAAAUUAUUUAAGUCAAGUUGAUGCUCUUUUAACUUCCGGUGAUCCUAGGACUGCAUAUAUCGGUUUAUUGGCCUUACAUCAAGUCGUUAAAGUUUAUCAAUGGAAAUCUAGUGAGGGCAGAGGUCCUCUGGCGGAAAUUAUUCAAAGAUCUUUUGCAAUUAUUUUACAAAUGGGCCAGGGAUUGCUUGGUGAAAUAAAUAUAGAUGCUGCUGAAAUGUUGAGGAUUAUAAACAAAAUUUAUAGUUCAGCUACUCAAUAUGAUCUAUCUGAGACUCUUCAAGAUAAUAAUUCUAUUGUUCCUUGGGUCUCCUUUUUUCAACAUUUAGUUGAAAAAGACAUACCUGAAGAAAUUAUUCCAAAUGUUCUUGAAGAACGGCAGAAAUUUAUUUGGUUUAGAGCACAAAGAUGGGCUUGUCAAAAUUUAAAUCGUCUUUUUCAAAGAUAUGGGAAUCCCGCUCAACUUGUGUCCUCUUCUACAAAAUAUGCUGCAUUUGCUGAAAAUUUUAUACGUCAUUUUGGCACUCCAAUAUUACACUCUUAUUUAAGGAAAACUGAAAAAUGGAUCAAGAAAGAAAUAUGGUUAAGCAAUAAAAUACUUUUUUAUUUUUCAGAAUUCUUCAGAGAUGCAAUUACACAUAAAAUUACAUGGCAAAUUAUUAAGCCAUAUAGCGAAACAUUGGUGUCUCAAUAUAUAUUCCCUCAAUUGUGCUUUUCUGAUGAAGAUGAACAAUUGUGGACAGAGGAUCCUGUUGAUUAUAUCCAUAAGAAAAUGGAUCCUCUAGAGGAUUUCAAUUCCCAUACAGCUGCCGCUGUUUCUUUCCUUAUUGACAUAGCGAAGCUUAGAAAAAAAUAUACUUUUAUGGGAAUAAUGGGAUUUAUUAACACUAUUUUAACUACUUAUCAUGAUGCUCCUAUUGAUGCCAAAAAUCCACAUCAUAAAGAUGGUGCACUGAAAAUGAUUGGAUGCCUUAGUGAGAUGGUCAUGCGUAAAAAAUCUGGUGUUGCACAUCUCAUGGAAGGUUUUCUUACAACUCAUGUGUUUCCUGAAUUUCAAAGUCCAUAUCCAUUUUUAAGAGCUAGGUUUGACAGUUUGGAGUUUGAACAAGAAUCAAAUCUAGCCAUAGCAUUUCAAGGAAUUACUAGAUGUAUGAGUGAUGAUGAACUUCCGGUAAAAGUUCAAGCUUGUUUGGCUUUGCAAAGCAUGAUACGACAUGAAACAGAACUUCUCGAUCUAACGAAUCAAAUCGAUACUGAUACACUUGCGAGCGUAAUGGAAGAGUUUGUUGAAGCUUUUUCCAAGGAAUUAAGUCCUUUCGCUAUUCAACUAUGUGAACAAUUACGAAAUGCAUUCCUACGGAUUAUGCAAGAUUAUCAGAAUGCUCCUGCAGCUCCGGGAAAUGAAGAUAUUUAUGAUCCUUCAUAUGAUGGUUGCGAAAAAACAAUGGCUGCUGCAGGUGUUCUCAAAACAAUAACUACUUUGAUUCUUAGUUUGGAAAGUACACCAGAAAUUUUAGCUCAAUUGGAAACUAUAUUAUUGCCUAUUAUUAGAUAUACACUGGAAAAUGCGAUUACAGAUUUAUAUGAUGAUAUCUUUGAUAUUAUCGAUAGUUGUACGUAUUCCACAAAACAAAUAUCACCUACAAUGUGGGGAAUAUUUGACUUAAUAUAUAAAACAUUUAAAGGAGAUGAUACAAUAUCUGGAAUUGAUUAUAUUGAAGAAAUGCUUCCUUCUUUGGACAAUUAUAUCUCUUAUGGCACCGAGAUAUUCGUGCAAAAUGCUGAUUUGCAAGCUAGAAUAUAUUAUAUUGCUGAAACAGUUAUGAAUAGUGAUCGUAUCAAUGAAAGUGAACGUGUUUGUGCUUGUAAAUUGAUUGAAUCCGUAUUGUUGAAUUGUCGUGGAUAUGUGGAUCAAUAUGUUGGCCCAUUUCUUGGACUUGGUUUUCGUUACUUAUCUGACCUACCAAGUAUUACCACGCUACCAUUCAAAGUAUAUUGUAUAGAAAUUGUAAUCAAUUGUCUAUACUAUAAUCCUGUUCUGACUCUCCGUAAUCUUGAAGAACGUGGUCUUACUCAAGCAUUCUUUUCGAUAUGGUUUGAACACAUUGACAAAUUUAAACGUGUUCAUGAUAAGAAACUUGUUAUUGUAGCGCUUUGUUCACUAUUAGAAUUACCUUUUGAACAAUUGCCACCUACAUUACAAGCUGGAUGGACGCAAGUUUUGGAUGGUAUUCUAACAGUGUUCAGAUCUCUACCUAAAGCCGAAGAGAACCGAGAAAAUCUCGAGAAAAGUUAUGAAGACGAUGAUAGUGAUGACUCAGAUGAACUUGAAGCCCUCGAAAAAUCGUAUGGUGAAGAUGACAACGUGGACAAUGAUGAUGAAAAUGUAGUUGAUGAAGAUACGCAAUAUUUAGAGUAUUUGGCGCAAGAGUUCACGAAAUAUUGA